AUGGAGUUUCUCAAUAUUAUCCUCAUCAGGCCCAAUACGACAAGAUCUGUAUACGACGUCAGUUACAGAACGGACGUCGUUCCCAAGGUUCUAAUGCUUGUGGUUGUGGCUCGCUUGAUGAAGCUCGGCUCCAAUGGGCGGAGGAGCCGAGGAGCAUCCUGCAACGUAGAGAUAGGAAUGAGAAUGAGAUUCCCUUACUCCAAUAUUUGGCUGGAAGAAUUUAAGCUCAUCACUCAUGAAUGGGAAUUGCUUGUCAAGUCGACGGAAUCUGCUUCUUUCUUGGAAAUGAUUUUUCAUUUACUUCCUCCAUCUCUAUAUGUAUUGAUCAAAGUCACGAGGCCAAAUUAUAUCAGAGGCAAUAAUACAAGUUUUUGCAGUCCAAUUCGAUGAUUGAAUGGUGGGGGACAAGACAAGCACCUAACCUUCCCUCCUUCCUUAUUCGUCACUUGGCCAAGUUUGUGAGUUACAAAUGUCUCUCUCUCUGGAACCCUGGUCUGGUCAUAUCUUAUGUUUUUUGUGUGUGGGUGUCUGUUUAAACUGAGGAUUCACAGAAGUACAUAUUACCUGACUAGAUGUUUUCCUAUUUAAAAAAAAAAAAAUCAAAUAUUUGAAGAGUAUUUUUGUUAUA